CACAAAAUGGCAAGUCUCGUCGCCAUCCUUGACCUCAAAGGAAAGCCACUCAUACAACGGUCAUACCGAGAUGACGUACCGGCAUCAUACGUCGAGCGUUUCCUGCCGCUUGUUCUAGAUAUCGAGGAGGAGGGUCAACAAGUUACGCCUUGCUUCUCGAGCCAAGGGAUAAACUACAUGCAUGUUAGGCAUAGUAAUCUAUAUCUCCUUGCGCUCUCCAAACGUAACACGAAUGCGGCCGAGAUCAUCAUCUUCCUUCACCGACUUUCAUCUGUGCUCGUAGAAUACUUCAAGGAACUCGAAGAGGAAUCCAUACGGGACAACUUUGUCAUAAUUUAUGAGCUCCUAGAUGAGAUGAUGGACUUUGGCUACCCACAGACGACCGAGAGUAAAAUUCUGCAGGAAUACAUCACACAAGAAUCGCAUCAAUUAGAGGUCCAGGUUCGUCCUCCAAUGGCAGUAACCAAUGCUGUGUCAUGGCGGUCGGAGGGCAUCCGUUAUCGUAAGAACGAGGUGUUCUUAGACGUGAUCGAGAGUGUCAAUAUGCUUGUCAACGCCAACGGGAACGUGAUUAGGUCAGAAAUUCUCGGUGCUAUCAAGAUGAAAUGUUAUCUAUCCGGUAUGCCCGAACUUCGCCUCGGGUUAAAUGACAAAGUAAUGUUUGAAAGUACCGGUCGAACUGCCAGGGGAAAGGCGAUUGAGAUGGAGGAUGUCAAGUUCCACCAAUGCGUACGAUUAUCUCGAUUUGAGAACGACCGAACAAUCUCCUUCAUUCCACCAGACGGUGAAUUCGAGCUGAUGUCUUACCGACUCAGUACACCAGUCAAACCACUCAUAUGGGCCGAGGCCUCGAUUGAAAGUCACAAAGGCUCACGAAUCGAGUACGUCGUAAAGGUGAAGGCGCAGUUCAAACGACGCAGCACUGCAAACGGAGUUGAGAUCUAUGUACCCGUUCCCGAUGAUGCGAGUUCACCGCGAUUCCGCGCUGCGACAGGUUCAGUGCAUUAUGCUCCAGACAAAAGCGCUUUCGUUUGGAAGAUCAAGCAGCUCGCGGGCGGGCGCGAAUUCCUUAUGAAAGCCCACUUUUCGCUACCGAGUGUGCGAAGUGAAAACGAACAAGAACGGCGAGCACCGAUUACCAUCAAGUUUGAAAUCCCUUACUUUACUGUCUCUGGUAUCCAAGUUCGAUAUCUUAAGAUCGUCGAGAAGAGCGGUUACCAAGCUCUACCCUGGGUACGUUAUAUCACGCAACAUGGCGACGACUAUAGUUUACGGACAGCGCUUGAGAAGGGAAGCGCACCGUUCGUGUCUAUGUGAACAUUGGGGGUAUUAUUUUGUACAAUCCACAGGGACGCAUAUAUUAGACUUCUCAACUUGCAGCGCAAGGCCCGGCAACUUUUUCACUGUGUUAUCUCUGAGGCCAUACGAAGCCGAGCCGGUGAAGUUAGUGACCGUGCACUUUUGAUCUACGUGUUGUUCUGCUGUCAUUUCAUAUGUGUAAGCUGGACAGCUCACUCUGAAAUAUGAUCAUGGACUCGACAUCAGAGACGAGUAUGUGCAUGAUGUGUACACAGGUGUCAUGACUUUGCAAUCUCUUACAGCUACAAGUAACGUCUGCUCAAU